AUGAAUACGAGUAGCUCUUCCGAGUCUGAUUUGGAAGUACUGGAGUUUAUUUCUAGUAUAUCAGUACCCAGAAACUUAAGACAUAGGAGAAAUCCUUUCGAAAUGUUUACGGAUGAAGAAUUUCAAUUGAGAUAUCGCUUUAAUAAGAAUACUGUUAUACACCUAAGUGAUACCAUCAGCUCUGCUCUAGUACCCAUUAUGCAUCGGAAGUAUACAUUGUCUGUGUUAGAACAAAUUUUCAUAGCAUUACGAUUUUAUGCUACCGGUACUUUCCAAAUAGUAAUUGGUGAUGACAUUAAUGUUCACAAAACUACUGUAUCCAGAGUGGUAUAUAAAGUAAGCAAGGAAAUAGCCAAACGAGCAAGGAGUUAUAUAAGUAUGCCAAAUGUUGUAGACCUAAGAGAAGUAAAAGCACAAUUUUUUGAUAUCGCAGGAUUUCCAAAUGUAAUUGGUUGUGUAGAUGGAUCACACAUACCAAUUCAAUCUCCUGGAGCUGUGUUACACAAUAUAGCUCUACAGCAAAAUGAUACUCUGGCAAUUGAUUCCGCUACGGAAGAAGAUAGUACAGAAUCAAUUGAACAACCUCUUCCCUGUGAAGGGAACCAUUUUCGUCGUUUAUUGGUGGAACAAUAUUUUAGUUAA